AUGCGGAGAGAUUUUCCGGACAAUCCUGCUCUUCACUGGGACACCCAGCUCCUUGCCACCUUCGUGCUCCAGCAUAUAGAAGCCAAUAACAUCAACCUGGUGGUAACCUUUGAUGCGGGAGGAGUGAGUGGUCAUGCAAACCACACCUCACUUUACAGUGCUUUAAGCUACCUGCAUUCAGAGCAGAAGUUACCUGAAGGAUGCCAUGUGCUCACACUUGAAACCGUAAAUCUCUUCCGCAAGUACAUCUCCAUCCUGGAUAUUCCCAUUUCCUGCUUGCUGCCCAGCGAUGCACUCUUCAUACUCACGGAAGAGGAAGCGGAACAAGCCAGGAGAGCCAUGCGGUGCCAUCGCAGCCAGCUCCUCUGGUUUCGCCGCCUCUACAUGCGAUUCUCACGUUACAUGGUGGUCAAUUCACUUCGUCUUCUGUGAAAAAACAACACU